AUAAAAUGAUAGAAAUUAGAAUAAUAGAAUCCAAGUAAAUUGUUAAUGAUAGAAAUCAGAAUAAUAGAAUCCUGGUGUAAACCAAAGUGCUGAAAGUUCCCACAGUAGAACAAAUAAAGUUUAACUAUAAGUCUAACAACCACCAUGGAUCUGUCCGACCCACCACUUCAUUCUCACAUUAUUUCCAACCCAAUUUCUCUUCUCCUCCCUUUCUCUCUCUCCCAUCACCAUCACCACCACCACCACCAUCUCCUUCGUCUCGCUGCAACUCAAGUUAGGUUGUUAUGUCAAUGCCAGCAGCAUCCGCAGCGGCCAUUGGAUCACUAUGUUUUCCAAUAUCAAGGAUCAGGCCCUCUUCCUUCCGCCCAAGGAUGACAGCCAUCCGAUCCGGUGCCGGUGUCGACACAAUUAAUCAUGUCUUGACUAAAUUGCAAAAGGAGUGUGCUACACCACUCCCUGUUUUGCGCCACGUGGCUGAUUCUAUGGCUAAUGAUAUGAGAGCUGGACUUGCUGUUGAUGGUGGCAGUGAUCUCAAGAUGAUUCUGAGCUAUGUUGAUGCUCUCCCUACUGGGAAUGAGAAAGGAUUGUUCUAUGCAUUAGAUCUUGGUGGAACGAAUUUCCGAGUAUUGAGAGUUCAAUUAGGUGGAAUGGAUCAACGUGUCAUCGCUACUGAGGCUGAGCAAGUCUCAAUACCACAGGAAUUAAUGUCCGGUACCUCUGAGGAACUCUUUGAUUUCAUUGCUUCUGGUUUGGCAAAAUUUGCUGAGAAAGAGAGUGGAGAAUUCCAACUCUCACAAGGAAGAAAUAGAGAACUUGGAUUCACUUUUUCUUUUCCAGUAAAACAAACAUCUAUAGACUCGGGUAUUCUGAUCAAGUGGACAAAAGGCUUUGCAGUUUCAGGAACGGCAGGAAAAGAUGUAGUAGCCUGUUUAAACGAAGCUAUGAAGAGGCAAGGGCUAGCAAUGCAAGUCUCGGCUCUGGUUAAUGAUACAGUUGGAACUUUAGCGGGCGCAAAAUACUGGGACAACGAUGUCAUGGUUGCUGUAAUCUUGGGAACGGGAACAAAUGCUUGUUAUGUGGAGAGGACUGAUGCCAUUCCAAAGUCGCCUGGCAAAAAAUCUCAAUCAGGAACAACAAUAAUUAACACUGAAUGGGGAGCAUUUUCAACUGGACUUCCCUUGACUGAAUUUGAUAGGGGAAUGGAUGCUGAGAGCAUCAAUCCUGGCGAACAGAUAUUUGAGAAAACAAUAUCAGGCAUGUACCUUGGUGAGAUUGUGAGGAGAGUGGUAUUGAAAAUGGCUGAAGCAGAAUCUCUGUUUGGCAACAGCAUCCCAGAAAAACUGCAAACCCCUUUCUCACUCAGAACCCCGCAUAUAUGCGCUAUGCAGCAGGACACAUCAAACGACUUGGAUGCAGUUGGCUCAAUUCUCUUCAAUGAGGCAGGGAUUGAAUCAAAUGUAAGAGCAAGGCAAAUAGUUCUCGAGGUUUGUGACACAAUAGCAAAGAGAGGGGGGCGAUUAGCUGGUGCAGGAAUUGUGGGGAUUCUCCAGAAAAUGGAGCACGACAUGAAAGGUGUCAUUUUUGGGAAGCGAACUGUUGUGGCAAUGGAUGGAGGCUUGUAUGAAAACUACCCUCAGUAUAGAAGUUAUCUUCAGGAUGCAGUUACUGAGCUUUUAGGACCAGCCUUGUCAGAGAAAAUAGUAAUUGAACACUCAAAGGAUGGUUCUGGAAUUGGAGCAGCUCUGUUGGCUGCUGCAAACUCCAAGUAUAAGCAUGAUUUCUGAUUCAAAAAUUUUGCAUCUAGAUCACCAAGAUUCCUAUAUGUUUAUCCUCACCUACCUUUCUGUUUCUUUCUCAAUGCUAUUGAAAUCACUAGCAGAGAUCCAGAUUGAGACUGCACCAUUUUUUGCACUAGCUUCUUCAUGUAAUUCUAGUCAUUUAUAGUGAAAAUAUUUGUAUUUAUAAAAGAUUUCUGGAUUUAGAAUGUGGCAUUUGAUUCUGAAAUGCUUAGAUAUCUUGAGCAAAAGUGCAAGCUCAAGCACUGGGUGCAUUGCUCUUUCACUCAUCAAUCAAAUAUCAUAUUUGUAUA